AUGUAUAAUAGGCUAGUGCCUAGUCGAAAAGGAGUUACUACUGAGUUCCUAGAGGGUAUGGAGGGAUUUGUAGAGUUUGCAUUAAUGCAACAUGACUUCGUUUCUAAUGGGAGUAUAAGGUGUCCAUGUUCAAGAUGUAGAAAUAUUAGUGGGUUUCUUGAACCUCAUGAUGUUAGAGCACAUCUGUACAAGCAUGGUUUCAUGCCUAACUAUUAUCAAUGGGAAUCACAUGGGGAGCCUUUUAUACCAAUUUCUAGACCUCAACCUAGUAGGAAUACAGAAAAAGAAAUAGGUCCUGAGAUAACAACAGAAAAUCCGUAUCGCACUAUGGUAUUGGAUGCAAUUGGUCAUAGUUUCAACUUUGAAAGUGAUGGAUUUAAUUUGGAUGGUGAAGAAGAACAACCUCCUAAUCGAAAUGCUCAAGAAUUUUUUGAUAUGCUAAAAGCUUCAGAAGAGCCAUUGUUUGAUGGAUGUGUUAAUCAUUCUACGUUGUCAGCGGUCUGCAGGCUAUUGAACAUUAAGUCCGAGUUUAACAUGAGUGACAAUUGCUAUAACCAAAUUUUGCUAUUUCUGAAGGAGCUCUUACCUGAAGAUGCUAAGUUACCUAACGAUUACUACAGGACUAAACAAAUGGUUGCAAAACUUGGGCUAGGAUAUGAAAAGAUAGAUGUAUGCAAGACAGGUUGUAUCCUAUAUUACAAGGGUAAUAAAGAUAAAGUGAAUUGUCCAAAGUGUGGUCAACCACGUUAUAAGCCUAAGAGAGGAGGCAAUGGAAGGCAAAAUGAUGUUGCAUAUAAAGUACUACGUUAUUUUCCUAUAACUACGAGAUUACAGAGGUUAUAUAUGUCAACAAAGACUGCUGAAAAUAUGAUAUGGCAUUGGAAAUCUCGUCGAGAACCUGGGGUAAUGAGUCAUCCAAGUGAUGGAGAGGCAUGGAAAAAGUUUGACCAGUGCCAUUCUGGCUUUGCAGCUGAGCCUCGAAAUAUUAGGCUUGGACUUGCAGCUGAUGGGUUUAGUCCAUAUGGGCAGAUGGCCCAUCCUUAUUCUUGUUGGCCAGUAAUCAUUACACCAUACAAUCUUCCACCUGAAAUGUGUAUGAGUAGCCCGUACAUGUUCUUAAGUCUUCUCAUUCCUGGUCCAAAAAGUCCCGGAAAGAAUAUAGACUUAUACUUACAACCGCUUAUUGAUGAAUUGAAGCAAUUAUGGGUUGAUGGGGUUGAGAAUUAUGACUCUUAUAAAAAACAAAAUUUUCAAAUGCGAGCUGCACUUAUGUGGACUAUCAAUGACUUCCCAGCUUACGGAAUGUUGUCUGGUUGGAGCACCCAUGGUCAUUUGGCAUGCCCUUGUUGUAUGAGAAAAAAGUUAGGCGUUUCACUUAAAGGAUGGAAGAAAAGCUUCAUUUUUUGA